GGACUGGCGGGGGGCGCUGUGGGCUCUGCGGCGGCGCUCCGGGCCGCUCCCUCUAUGGUGUGUCCGCCGUGGGCGGGGGAGCCGCUUCCCCUUCCGCUGCCCUUGUUGCCGGCGGGAGGUGACAGGACCAAGAGCCGCGAUGUGGCGGAACGUGCAGGCUCUUCGCCAGAUUUCCCAGAGAACCAUAAGCACUGCUUCACGCAGGCAGCUUGAAAAUAGAGUUUCUGAGAAUCAGAAGCUAUUUCAGGCUGAUAAUGGCCUCCCAGUGCAUCUUAAAGGUGGGGCAAAAGAUUCUCUGUUGUAUACAACCACUGCGGGUCUGACACUGUUUGGAACAAUGUAUGCUGUUUAUUAUCUGCUUGUCUCUUCAAUGCCCAAGAAGCCGAACUGAUUCCAUUUGAGGAUGCCUCAGCGACUAACAUCUCUUUGUCCAGUUCCCAUGUGACUGUGGUGGCAGCUUAUUAUAAGCAGCUGGCUUAAUGAUUGGAAUCAUACGUUAAUUGUAACAUGUAAACUGCAAUCAAUAAAGCAGUUUUUACGUGGUGUA